AUGGAGGCUCUGAUGCCCUUUGGCCAAGACGAGGUUGAUGCCCAAGAAGAUGAAUGUGUCGACGCAGAGGAGUUUCCAGUUGAUGCACAAGGUGAUGAUCCCGAAUUGGAAGCACCAAAAGCCAAAAAAGCGAGAACAAAGAAGCCAGUUCUGUGCCAUGACAUCAAGAAAAUGUUCGAGUCGGGGGAGAAACAGUCUGCAAAUGGCGUUGUCGACGUGGAUCAAUGUUCCAUGCCCACUGGAGGCAUCCCAUUGCCGAGCCCUGCACGAGCAAUUGCACCAAGCCAAUCUGGAAACUUGGUGCUAAGUGCCUUGAAAAUCAAAGAGAGCUCCGUUCAGCAGGUCCCUGAAGAGGGGAUGGCUCCACCGCUGCCACGGCACGCAGCACCUGUUGGAGAAGUGGAAGCAUCUGCGUCCGAUGCACUUGACAUGAAGAGAUUGGAGCGAUUGAUCCUUACAGCGCCCAUUGGCCUUCGACAGCCUCUGGAUGCCGUCCCUCUGCUGGAGGCUGACUUGCCCUUGCUGGAAUCCGGGAAGGCCUUGUUUAGACGCUUGCCGUCGGUUUGGCUGGACGUCACCGGGAACAACACAGCAAUGGGGACGCGCUGUUUGUUCGCUUCAAGACGCCAUGAGAUGUCCGUUUUCGAGCCGUUGAAGCCCGAGCUUCUAUUGCAGGUUCCUCCUGCGGCGAAGGAGUGGCAGCUGCCCCUAGAUCUUCCUGGUGAUGCACGGGUUGUCGAGGACGAGGCAUGGCUGCUUCAAGUUCACCCUGGCAAUCAAAAGCUGCGGGUGCUUCUUCGACCAGGAGUGUUGCUUAUGCGGAUGGUCCGUAGAGGCCGCACACCAGCUGCCCGGUUCGUUUGGCGGGUCAUCGACUCCACAGAGAAUGGAAAGGACGCGGAGGCCAAGGCGAUUGAGGACAGAUCGACUUCCCACCCAGUUGGGGAGUUCUCAAUCUUGAGCAAUCUGGAGGAUGCCGCCACCACACAGCCACCUAACUUCGUGCAGCAUCCUUUGCGCCGCGAGCAGCUGAGAUCUUUGGGGUGGAUGCUCGUGCAGGAACAACGGAGCACAGAAGAGCCUUUCGUCACAGAGCUGCGGGAGGCUGUUUCGUGUCCGGAUGCUCCUCACUGGAAGUUGGAAGGAAGCCUCCGCUGUGAGUAUCGCAAUGUCAAGGGCGGGGUAUUGGCAGAUGCGAUUGGCUACGGGAAAACGGCUUGCACCAUUGGCCUCAUUGACAAGACGAAGGAGUCCGCCCUCCCGGCAGUUCCAGUGUCUUUCCGAGGCUUCAUCCCAAGCCGAGCUACUUUGGUUUUGGUUCCUACGAACCUUCACAAGCAAUGGCUCUCGGAGAUCGCAAAGUUCACCGGAGAUGCACUGAAGGUGAUCUCGGUCCCAACAUGUUCUCAACUAAAGCGGCUAACUCUGAAGGAGCUUGCCGAAGCGGAUGUUGUGGUGUCGACAUAUAGACUCUUCUACUCCUUGCCGUACUUGCGGAGACUUGAAGAACUGGCACGAGAGAGCUCUUUCGGCUUUGCAUUCCCGAAGCAGAAGCUCGGUCAGCAUGCAGGAGAAGAGUGGUCGCAGGCGUACCGUGCUGCGUUUGAAGCCCUCCCUGGCUGGGCAGAAAAGCUUGGGAUCGAAACAAGCACUCCAAGCAAGCAGCUCGGUUUCACCGGUGAUGGCAGCGAGGUGACGGAGGUGACAGGCGAUGGAAAGCGCCGAAAGAGCACAUCGAGCAAAGCGCCAGACGCAGAGAGCCAUACCGUACAGGCCUCCCAAGCCACGGAAGCCACCCAAGCGCCCCAGUCAAGCCAGAAGCGGCGCCGUGUGACGGGAAAGCAAGCCGGGUCUCCGUCGGCUUCUGUUCCAGAUGAGCCGCGCGUGACAGACUGGCCAGCCCCAGCAUUGCAGACACAGUACGUUCCCUUAGAGGUCUUCUGGUGGAAACGGAUUGUUUGCGAUGAGUUCCAUGAACUGCUCAGCAGGUACCCGCCAGCACAGACUGCAGUCGAGCUGUUCCAUGCCGACAACAAGUGGGGGUUGAGCGGGACACCUCCGUGCCAAACUUUGGCUCAGAUACGCAAGGCAGCCGGCUUUCUUGGAGUGCAACUUCCCCAGACGCCGGCGGACACAGAUAGAGAGGAACCUCGCAAGGUCGCCCAAGAAUGGUUGGAUGCCUUUGUUCGUCGCAACACCUCCGAGCUGCCGCCUCUGGAAGAGCAGGAGCAAAUUGUGCCGGUUCGCCAGACGGUCAAGGAGCGUGCCUUGUACUUGGCAUUGACGGAGCAGCAACAGUUGACCCAGGAGCUUGGGCUAACAUCAACCCAGAGCCAUGAUCUUCCCCAACAGAUCAAAGCACUGAAGGAAGUUGGCCAGACCACCUGCGGUCUCCUGAAGCUCUGCAGCCAUUUCUGCUUCUCCGGGGCAUCGGAUGUUCUGACCGCAGAAGAUGAAUGCCAGAAACAGGUCGCGCUGAGGAGGGAGCGCAUCCUGAGGGCCGAACGGGACAUCAAGACCCAGUCGGAGAGGGUCGCAUCCCUGGCACAGCUCAUUGGCCACUUCGAACCUCUUUUUGCCAAGCAGCCACACGACGUCAACUGCCCGCACAUCGGCAAAGAAUCCAAGGGUGUCCUGACAGCGCGACUCAAGUUCAUGGGAGGCAAGGCGCAGGGCAGCAAGGCGGAGCUCCAAAAGGCCCUGUUUGCCACGGCCGCGGAGCGCAACGCCGGGCUGCGCAGCCACGCGCUCGCCGCGGGCUUCGAUGCAAAAGCUGCAAGCAAGUUGUCCGCGUCCCUGUACCAGGACUCUGAGCAAGGAGGUCUUGCAGAAGUGGAGUGGAAGAAGGUCUUGGAUGCGCUCGAGCCGCUUGAGAAAGAUGCAGGUGCUGAUUCGGCUGCUGCCCGCGUACGAGAAGUGAUGAAGGAGUCCAUCCUUUCUUUGCCGCGUGAUCCACCACCCAGAUGCGUGAAGAUGCGAAAGCAUUUGGGGAUGCCUGCCUGGCCCUGUGGUGGCGAGGAGCAACAGCGCGAGCUGGCAGUUGAGAACUGGAAAUGGCGCAGCAUCCGAGAGAACGCCCAGAAUCUGCAGAAGUUUCUGAAAGCAUGGAAGGAAGACCUCCUUUGCUCGGUGCAGCGCCUGCAGGCGUUGCAGGUCGGACUGCAGGAGAAGCUCCGAAGUCUGACAUCCUUUCAGGACACGCUGCAGGCGUCGCAAGCCAACGCUCUAGAAGAGCUGCAGGAUGAAGGAUCCAGGUUUGCAAAGUAUGGGUCGAAGAUCGAGACGCUUGUGAAGCACUCGCAAAAGAUCCAGAAGGAUGAUCCAGAAGCAAAGAUGAUUUGCUUCGUCCAGUGGGAAGACCUGAAGCGAAAGAUCAGCUCAGCGCUGGACGAGUUCAAAGUGCCGCACCACGUCCUGCAGGGAAGUGUAUGGGCUCGCCAAGCUGCGCUCAGGAGAUUCCAGUAUGAAGACUCCGGGCCUCGCAUGCUGCUCCUUUCGCUCGAGGAGUCCGCCAGUGGAACCAAUCUAACGGCUGCCAACCAUGUUCUGAUUGUUCACCCGAUGGAGGCACAUUCACAAGAGGAGGCUGUGGCCUUCGAGAUGCAGGCAGUGGGCCGUGUGCGACGCCCCGGACAGCAGAAGAAGAUUCAUAUCUGGCGCUUCGUCACCCUCGACACCAUAGAGCAGCAGAUCACGGAGGAGCACCAGAAGGAGCUCUGGGAGCGCCAAAGAGUCAAAAUCCAGGUUUCCGAGGCCGCCGAACAGGACCCGGAGAGCGACAUCGACUGCGAUGCUGAGGUGGAUGCUCGCGAAGCGGGAGGUGAGCAGGGAGGAGGACAUGUGCCGAGCGUGUUUGAGGACUGUACGCAGCGCUAUGUUGCACCCGAUGCAGACGCAGUCAAAGGCAUUGAGGAGGAUGAUGAAACCGUUAUUGACAACAAGGCUUUCGAGCAGACCCAGACCGAAGUCUUGAUGGGCCUCAGUCCGCGGGAGGAUUGUGAAGCUACACAGCGCUAUGUGCCAUCGUGA